AUGGGCUCCGUCGACUUAACUUCGCUGAGCAACAUUCGCAAGGUCUUGGUAGCCAAUAGAGGCGAGAUUGCCGUCCGUUGCAUCAAGGCCUGCCGCGAGUUGGGAGUCAGCAGCGUCGCUAUCAUAACAAAUGCUGACGCAACUUCGUUACACGCCACGUUAGCAGACGAGGUUGUCUUGCUGCCAGGCGAGGACAGCACAGCCUACACGAACGGCGAGGCAAUUCUGGACAUUUGUAAACGGACAAAUGCAGACGCCAUCAUCCCUGGAUACGGCUUCCUGAGCGAAAAUGUCGAGUUCGCAGAGGCCGUUUCUUCUGCCGGCAUUAUCUUCGUCGGGCCCUCCUCAGCAUCUAUCAAUGCUAUGGGGCUCAAGCACGAGGCCAGAGCUAUUGCCCAAGCCGCAAAUGUCCCAGUAAUUCCAGGCACACAGCUCUUGGAUUCCGCCGGGACAGCCGUGGCGGCUGCAAAGCGCUUGGGUUGUCCAGUCAUGCUGAAAGCCACAGGUGGAGGUGGUGGGAUGGGAUUGCAGAUCUGCUAUAGUGAACAAGAUGUUGAGAAAGCAUUCGCCAUGGUCGAGAGCCGCGCUACCACGCUUUUCAAGAACAGCGGAGUCUUCUUGGAAAAGUACUAUCCGAAUUCACGCCAUAUUGAGGUCCAAGUCGCCGGCAACGGAGAGAUUGUGGUCGCCUUUGGAGAGCGGGAGUGUUCACUGCAGCGGCGACAUCAGAAAGUAAUUGAGGAGUGUCCCAGCCCCUUUGUGGAGCGUCACCCUGGUCUACGCGAAAAGAUGCUUCAGGCAGCUGUCAACUAUGCGUCACAGCUCAAGUAUAAGAGCGUGGGCACGGUCGAGUUUCUGGUAGAUGAUGAGACAGCCGACUUCUUCUUCCUCGAGAUGAACACGCGAUUACAAGUUGAACAUGGAAUCACCGAGCUGUGUUAUGGAGUUGAUCUGGUACACCUCAUGCUGCGACAAGCUGACUACGAACUCGGUGGUCGGAUUGGAAUUCCAUCAGAUGUCCUGAAAAGUCUCGGAAGACCCAAGCCACUAGGAUCAGCAAUCGAGGCACGAGUAUAUGCCGAAGUACCGCUUCGUGACUUUGCCCCUAGCCCUGGCGUCCUCCAACACGUACAUUGGCCAGAGGGCGAGGGCGUACGAGUCGACACGUGGGUUCGAAGUGGCCAGAGGAUCACGCCUCUCUAUGAUCCAUUAAUCGGAAAGGUCAUGGCGUAUAGUCCUGAUGGUCGUGCCGCCGCCCAAAAAAAGAUGCUUGCCGUACUGGCUGACACGGCUCUCCAGGGAACACAAUCCAAUUUGGAAUACUGUUCGAGGAUUCUUGAGUCUGACAUGUUUGCGAGUGGCAAUACAUUGACCAAUUCUUUGUCAACGUUCAAGUUUGAUAGCUGUUCCUUGCAAGUAAUCGACCCCGGUGUUUUCACUACAAUCCAGGACUACCCCGGCCGUAUUGCGGUGGGACAUGGAGUCCCCCCCGGCGGUCCCAUGGAUGAUGUCAGUGCUCGAAUGGCAAACAUUUUGGUUGGCAACGACUUUGGAGUCGAGCUAUUGGAACUUACGUUAUCUGGUCCAAAGCUGCUGUUCCAUGAAGCAGCUGUCGUGGCAGUCUGUGGCGCGGAGCUGCCCGUUACCCUCGAUGGCGCAUCUCAGCCCAUGUGGUCGAGGAUUGUCAUUAAGAAAUCUCAAGUACUAGAGCUCGGCAAGGUGACUGGCAAUGGCCUCCGAACAUAUCUUGCCGUCAAAGGCGGGUUUCCCCAGGUCCCCAAGUUUCUUGGCUCCAAAUCCACAGCUCCGGAGCUCGGCUUUGGUGGCGUACAAGGACGAAAGCUCUUAAUUCACGAUAUCCUCAAUCUAUCUCCACAAUCCGGAACGUGGGCCACAGAAGCCACGCCUUUGUCUUUGCCACCAAAUGUCAUCCCCGAUUUCACUGACAAUGUGACUAUUUGCUGCAUUGACGGCCCGUACGCAUCCGAAGACGUCCUGACCCCCGAGGGCUAUGCGACAUUGUACGAAGCCAACUGGACGGUCAGUCACAACAGCAGUCGAAGCGGUAUCCGGUUGGAAGGACCGCGAUUGAAGUGGGCUCGAGCAUCCGGCGGUGACGGCGGAUCGCAUCCAUCCAACGUGCUCGACUAUGGUUAUCCGAAUGGCGGCGUCAACUUCACAGGCGAUUUUCCCAUCAUCUUUGGGCCUGAUCGUCCAGACUUGGGCGGUUUCGUAUGUCCAACGACUGUCUGCUCCGGUGAGAUGUGGAAGCUUGGCCAGGUAAAGCCUGGUAACACGAUACGAUUUCGUUCUGUCACUUACGACAAUGCCCUUGACAUUUCGAGGAGAAAGAAUGCCUUUUUCCAAGCUCUUGCAGUGUUUUCGCAGAGAAACACAGGCCAGAUAUCUCCUCUUGUUAUCGAGCUCACCAAUGAAACCUCGUCUUCAAUUUUACACCAGAAGCAAUCCAAGGGGAACCAUCCACGAGUAACAUAUCGCCAAGGAGGUGACACAAGCAUCAUUGUCGAAUACGGCAACCAGGUGUCGGAUCUGCGCAACACUGCUUGCACACAGUUUCUCGUCAAACAAGUGUCAGAUGCAAAUCUACCGAGCGUGCGCAGCGAUCCCAACUUCGCCUCUGUCACUGUGCGCUUUGACCCGUUCCAGAUGGACCGGUCCAAACUUCUCCAACAACUAAUUCAGUUCGAUGACCAAAUGGGGCAGAAUACGGGCGUCAAGAUUCCCGUUCGAGAAGUGCGGCUCCCCGUUUGCCUCGACCACUCCUCAUUGCAAGAUUCUGCGCAACGGUACAUGGACAACAUCAGACCUUCGGCCGCCUACAUGCCGGACAAUGUCGAGUAUAUUCGCAAGAAUAAUGCACUCGAAACCCGCCAGCAAGUGUUUGAUGCGCUUCUCAAGACACCAUGGCUAGCAGUUGCCGUCGGCUUCUACGUUGGAACACCAAUGUUGUUCCCGCUUGAUCCUUGGCGCUCAUUAACCUGCCAAAAGUACAAUCCAAGUCGGGUUUAUACACCCAGCGGCUCAGUUGGCCUUGGCGGCUCACUGGUGGCCAUCUAUCCCGUUGCUGCACCGGGAGGAUACCAGCUAAUGGGCCGUACGUUGGGUGGAUGGGAUGGGGCGGGAAAUCGCCCUGGUUUCUCUGCUGAGCGGCCCUGGCUGUUCAACCAUCUCGAUUUGAUCAAGUUCUACGAAGUCUCCGAGGAGGAGUACGACCAGAUCGAGCGGGAUUUUGAGACAGGCCGAUAUGUGUUUGACAUUGAGCAAACGACGUUGGAGAUGGACAAGUAUAUUGCCAAAUUCGAAGCGGCUGCCAAGGAUCCCGCGUAUCAGGCCUGGAGGCAGCGUCAGGCUGAAGCAGCCAACGAGGUGGGAGAGCUUGAACGGAGUCUGUUUGAGGAGUGGACAGCGGCAAAGAGCGCAGCAAAUGACGCGGCAGCUGCCGAGGGUGAUGACGCUGAUUCUGCCAAUGUCGUUUCCAUCGAGUCACCCAUUAAUGCCAAUGUGUGGAAAGUGCUUGUGAAGCCGGGCGAUGUGCUGGAAAAGGGCCAGACAGUGGCGGUACUCGAAGCAAUGAAGAUGGAAAUCAGUCUGCUUGUCGAUGAAGCUCAGGCUGGCGCUGUAGUAACAAAGAUCAGACAACCGCCGGGAAGCGUAGUUAGCCCUGGGACCCCAGUUGUGGAGGGUCGGAGGCAAGAUUGA